AACCCUUUUCUACUCUGCUACUCAAAAACCCAAUUUGCCAAUCAACCUCGUCUGUGAAUCCGUCCCUCUCUCCCAAAAUGGCCGAUGCUAUAGUUUCUUUUGUCCUAGACCAGCUAACGACAACCAUCGUUGACAAGGCCUCUGAAGAAGUGGGGCUGCUAGUUGGUGUUGAGAAAGAAGUGAGAAAGCUUGAAAGAAAUCUCCGUCUCAUCAAUACUGUUCUCCGAGAUGCUGAGGAGAAGAAAAUAGCGGACGAUCUUGUCAAAGAAUGGCUGGAUAGGCUCAAAGAAGCUUCUUACGACAUGGAGGAUGCAUUGGAUGAGUGGAGAACUACAGUAGAGAUCGAAGCACUUGAAGCACAAACUGCUGCUUCUCAGAAGAAGGAGAAAGAUAAGUAUCAGUUGCAGCUGAUGUCGAUGAGUAACACAAUCAAUCAUCCUCAACAACAGCGAGAAACUUCGUCUUUUGUGGAUGUGUCAAAACUAUGUGGUCGGGAUAAGGAGAAGGCAAAAAUACUGAACCAUUUGCGGGGAGGGAGUGUUGAAGAGGAGACUGUUGAACUAAUCCCUACCAUAUCUAUAGUAGGGAUGGGGGGGUUAGGAAAGACUGCUCUUGCACAACUGAUAUGGGCAAUCAUUCAAGGGCUUGAAAAACUUAGUGAUAGUGCUGCAUAUGGCCUAGAAUGGAAUCCAUUGCAGGUCCUUUUGGAAAGGAUUUCUAGCUCUAUCCGGGGAAUGAAAUAUUUUCUUAUUUUAGAUGACUUUUGGGAUGGAAAUAAAGGCGAGAGGUGGGAAGGACUGAAAACCACUUUCAAAUUUGGUGCCCUAGGAAGCAGAAUUUUGGUUACUACACGUGAUGUUGAAGUUGCAAAAAUGAUGGGGUCCUCUUCCUCACAAAUCAUUUCUCUGGAGAAAUUGGGCAAUGAGCAAUGUUGGUCAAUAAUUAAACAUAUAGCAUUAGGAGGAAGGGAUGAUCAGAGUUUGGAGAAAAUUGGGAGAGAAAUUGCAGAGAAGUGUAAGGGCUUACCGCUUGCUGCCAAAACUCUGGGAAGCCUUUUAAAGUCUAAAAGAAGCAAAAGAGAGUGGCAAAGUGUCUUGAAUAGUGAAAUAUGGAAAUUAGAAUUGGCACAAAAGGAUAUUUUUGCUCCUUUGUUGCUGAGUUAUUAUGAUUUGCCCCCUCCAGUAAAGCAGUGCUUAGUGUGUUGUGUUCUUUUUCCCAAAGAUCACCUCAUUUUUCCUCACGUACUAAUUCCACAAUGGAUGGCCAUGGGUUAUUUAGGGUCGGAUGGUAAUGCAGAUUUGGAGUCGAAAGGGGAAGAGUACUUCCGCAUCUUAGUAGAUCGCUCUUUCUUUCAAGAUUUUACAAUACUUGAAGGAGAUAUUUUUUUUUGUAAGAUGCAUGACAUAAUACAUGAUUUUGCUCGGUAUUUGGCGGAGAAUGAGUUUGCCAUAAAAGAGAUCAACUCAGACCAUUUGACUAUAGAUGGGUCAAAGAAUCGUCACUUGACAGUGAUGAUUGAUGAAGGGAUCUCUUUUCCUACAUAUAUUUCUGGUGCAGAAAAAUUGCGAGCCCUUAUAACUUUCACUGGAGAGGGUGCACUGACUUAUGAGGCCUUGCGUGGCUUGUUUAAUUAUUGCAGACGCUUAAGGGUAUUGAGUUUUGGUUGGCCUGAUGGAACUGAUCAUUUAUGCAAAGAAAUUCCUGAAGGAAUAGGGAAAUUGAUACACUUGAGAUUCUUUCACUUAAGUUCUAGUAAAAAAUUAGAAAGGCUGCCUGAAGCACUCUGCAACCUACUUAAUUUGGAGUCUUUGGAUUUGUGGCGCUGCAGAAAUCUCAAGCAGUUGCCAGAUUCAAUAGGAAAAUUAAUCAACUUGAGGUAUCUUUCUACUGGUGGUUGCUCUGCUCUGACUCAAUAUCCAAAAGGCGUUCAGAAAUUGACUUCUCUUAGACAUUUAAGGGGGCUCAUUGCCAGAGCUGAUCGUAAUGACGCUAAAGAAUUUUGCCUUGCUGAUCUUGGAAACUUGAAGCACCUCCGUGUACUGCAUUUGAAAGUGGUGGGGAAUUCAAUCGAUAUGGAGCAGACUAGAAAAGCUCAACUUCAGGACACCCAGUGGUUGGCUAUAUUUUUGGCUGGCAGUAUUCAGAGAGCAGACAUAAUUGAAGCCUUAGACCCAGAUCGAAACAUAUCAAAUUUAAGGUUCUGCGGCGACUACUGGUUCACACCACGCCGACCAUCCUAAUGAAUACAAAAGGUAAUCCAUUUAUCCUAUAUAAAUGCUCUUUUUCAAUUUUCCCAAUGAGAAAUCAUCCUAUAUAUGUGCUCGUCAAAUUGAUAUUUCUCUUCAAACAUCGCUGAUUUCUAAUUAAGCUUCCUCAUACUAUCCAAAUGUGGACUUUGCUUUGCAAUUGACUGCUACUCUACGUGGGAUGCAGCUUGCUUUCCCAAGGUAAUGUUUUAUACCAUAUAAAACAGUAAUGCUUUC